AUGGCUGGUGAUUUAAAGAGCAUCUUUACAGUUGUUUUAACUGUGGAAUCCAUAACUGGAAUUGUAGGAAAUGGCUUUAUAGUUCUGUUGAACUUCACAGACUGGGUCAAGAGAAGGAAGAUAUCUCCAGUUGAUCAAAUCCUCACUACCUUGGCGAUCUCCAGAAUUGUUCUGCUCUGCUCAGUACAGACAUACAUAUGGCUAUACGCAGCAUACCCAGAUUUUCUGAAGACUGCUCGAGUGUUCACAGCAAUCAUUUUUAUUACCUGGGUUGUAACUAAUCAUUUUAGCGUCUGGCUUUCUACAUGCCUCAGUAUCUUUUAUUUUCUCAAGAUAGCCAAUUUCUCUAACUCUAUUUUUCUUUAUCUAAAGUGGAAAGUUAAAAAAGUGGUUUUAGUGACAUUGCAGAUGUCUCUGGUUCCCCUAUUUUUCAGUAUUAUAAUUAUAAACAUAAAAAUUAAUGCCUGGAUUGAUGGAUCUAGAAGAAAUGUAUCUUACAAUUCCAGUUUGAAGAACUCGGUACAGGUUUCCAGACUUCUUUUAUUCACCAACUCUAUGUUCAUGCUCCUACCCUAUAUUGUGUCCUUGAUAGUUUGUCUUCUGCUCGUCUUCUCCCUGGGGAAGCAUCUGAAGAGGAUGCAGCAUGAUGCCAAGGGGUCCAGAGAUACCCGCACCAUGGCCCACACGAAGGCCAUGCAAACUGUGGUCAUCUUCAUCCUACUUUAUACCACCUACUUAUUCUGUUUCAUCAUGCAGAUUUCAAGCUUUGAAUUUCUAGAGAAAGCCCACAUCAUGUUUUUUGAACAUGCUAUUGGAAUUACUUUUCUUUUAGGCCACUCACUUUUUCUGAUUCUUGGAAACAGUAAGCUGAGAAAGGCCUCUCUUUCAGCGCUGUGGUGGCUGAGGUGCCGGGCCAAAGGUGCAGAAUCUUCAGGUCCUUAA